UCUCGAUGGCCGACUCGUACUUCCGUUUUUCUCGUCUUUUCGGUUUUAUGACUUUUGUGUUCUCUGGAGCACAGGCGGAAACGAUCAAGAAGGUACCAUUUUAUCUUUGGUUUUGGCGAGCUGAAGAAGUCAAGUCAAACUAGCGCAUGACGUUAAAAUUUUUCUAUUUUUCGAAAAAGGUCAUCUCUUCAGAGGGGUUUCUUGUUAUGAUAGGAGCUGUUGUAACCUUUGCAGUUGACUCUCCAGUUCCUGCAUCUGCUAAUUACCCGUAUAAACAAAAUACAUUCAAUCCAUACAGGAACAACAACUAUAACUACGAUUCUCAAUACAGAAAUGAUCCUUACCGUAGAAACGAUCUUUACUCCAGGAAUAAUCCUUAUUAUAAUAAUGACUACACUGCCUACAACAAUAGGUAUAAUCCCUACAACAAUAGGUAUGAUGCCUACAACAACAGGUAUGAUCCCUACAAUAACAAUUAUCAUCAACAAAACUACAGAUACAAUACCGGCGUAGAGGCAGGCGCUAGAAUUUUGAGAUACGAAAACGAUGUUAGACCUGACGGAAGUUAUGAGUAUUCUUAUAAUACUGAAAACGGAAUUUCAGCAGCAGAAUCUGGUGUAACAAGAUACUUUGAUCAAGAAAAUAGUGCCCAAAGCGUUCAAGGUUAUUUUGAAUAUACUUCUCCCGAAGGCGUGCCAGUACAUGUCCAAUAUGUUGCUGAUGAGAAUGGUUUUCGACCAGAAGUUACUAAAAAUAAAGUAGUUGUAGGUAAUGAAUUUGCAAGACGAGUAUCUUCACUAUCUUCCAGCGCUCCUUCUUCGUAACCGUUGUAUAUUUAAAAUAUUAUUGUAUUUUUUAUAUUAAAAUUAGAAUUAGG